AUGGAUAACAGCGCACGAGAUACAAAAAUGACCACCAGAAAAAGAGACCGUAGAGAAAUGUUUUACACAUGCUCUUCUAUGCUAUCGGUCAUUGGAAUUUUGUUGGGUUUUGCUCUGGUUGCGAGAAUAGAAACUGUCGCUCGGGAUUUGAGGACCAUGGACACGAAAUUCUCGCUACAAAUUCAUCAAAUCCGAGACAUUCUUAAGGAAAGUGCAGCCUCUUCUCGCGGGAGCGAAAACUUUGACACAUCAAAUGGUAGGGUGACUGAGAACUUACUCUGAAUUUUUCUAGUUUUUAGCCCAAAGUUGCUCUAUUGUGUACAUGUUCUUUCCUGUAAUGAUAGAAUGGGGAAUCUGUGUUUUCUUCUGAACAUUGGAUAGAAGAACAGUAAGUUUACAGGCACAAGAAUUCUAUCACGCAUUUAAUUCAUGGGCGAGUGGUGUAAUUGUUUCAUUACUAAUUCACCAGUCGUUCCAAACUUAACAUCAAGACAGGCUCUUGUUUUUAUUUAAUUUUAUCUACAGCGACAAAAAAUAGCUUUAUAUGCUGUACGUAUAGGUAAUAAAAUGAUUUCGAAUGAAAUUUGGCGUUGAUAGGCACGAGGAAACUUUUAAAAGCAACAAAAUUGCCCGCUGUCUAUAAUUUGCACUCGUGUUACAAUUUUGCACUCGUAUUACAACUUUGCGCUCGUGUUACAUAAGAAUGCAUGCGUUUUCAGGAUGUAAUUUUUGUCAAGUACAUUUUUGAUAACGGAACAGGUAACGAAUAGCAAAGCCAAUCAGACUGCAGAAAUUGUAUUAGAAUGCUAAUAAGAUUUAUACUACGUGUAGUAAUAUGUAAGAUUCGUUAAAAGGGCACAAUGUCAUCUAUGGAAGGUUCUCGAGCCCAGAAUGAUCUGAGCUCGAGUACACACGCUAAAAAUGUAUUUAGAUCUCUUCAAAUCGCCUGAUCCGGGUUAUGUCGUCUGCUCCGGAUUAUGUCGUCUGCUCCAAUAACUGAAUGCGGAAAUUCUAACCAUUCUUACAAAAUGAUCAAAGAAUAUGUCAAUACUGAAUGCAGCCAAAAUAUACUUGAAACAUUAUUCAACGAUUUUGCAUUGUUUAUUUUAGCCAUCCGAUACAAAAUUCCAAUUGUUCGUCGCAGCGUGGAUACAGUCAACGGCAAUGAAUCGAUUAGCCACUAUGACAUUGGAGAGGCUAUCAAGAGAUACGUGCGAUCGACUAUGAAGGGAUAUGUCUGUCAAAGUCCAGACAGGGUUUGUGUAGUAGGGUCUCCCGGACCAAUAGGAGCUCGUGGUCUUCCCGGGAAGAGAGGGCCCAAAGGAAUUAGGGGGAAAAAGGGAACGCGAGGAGUUGUGGGACCUCCAGGAGGACUGGGAAAGCAAGGCAUCAAGGGAGAUAUUGGCCCUGAAGGAAUCAAGGGAGAAAAAGGUAAACAAUAAGACAAUGAUGAUAAUCAUAAUAAUGAUAAUGAAAAAAUUACAAGUUAUUUUUGUCAUUAGAGAUUUUGCCCACGAUGGCUGAAUAGGAGGUGGUGAAAAUUUGUUGCGGAGUCACACGGAAGCGCCUCGCGAGUCCAGGACAUUUUGACCACUGUGAUGAAAAAUAUCGCUGUCAAUAAGAGUACAGACCACGUUAAUUUGUUAGUUAUAGAACCAGUCGCGCAGUAAGACUUUUUCUUUCUGUCACUUAUCGAUGACAUUGCCUUUUAAGCCCUUUGAGAGACGGUCAUCAGUAUUACGGGCUAUCGUUGUGAGAUAGUAUCUGUAUGAUGCUAAAGUUUGUUGUUGUCUUGCAUAAAACUCAAAGUAUAUCCUUAAUCAGAACACAGUGUCACCACAUACACACAGACAAAAUAAUUCAAUCACAUUUAUAGCGGAUAUUGCUUUUACAAAAUUUAAUAGACUUUUUCUUCAAAUCAAUGUCUAGUUGCAAAAAAAAUCGUUGCAAGUUACCCACUAAGUUUUUGUAUACUUUUUUUACAAUCGUAAAAUGAAAUAAUAAAAUUAUUGUUUGUUAAGUUUACGUCAAAGAUGUUUUUUUUAUUUCUCUAUCUUAAGGUGCGAUCUUUAAUGAAUAUUAUUUUAUUAUUUCCUUCAAUAACUCUUCUUUUCCCAUUGUUACACUAAGGAAUCCCAGGGACACCUGGACAACCAGGAGCUAAAGGUGAACCGGGCGAGUCCCUAUCAGCGCCAGAGGUGACUGUAUCACUAACUACAGACACUGUUACUGAAAACCAAACUGCCACGUUUUAUUGCUCGGCUAAUGGCAAUCCAAUGCCUACCGUCACCUGGAGUAAAACUGGUGAUACGAAACCAAUUUCAAGCCGACAUAAUAAGUUAGAAAUCACAAAAGCUACUUAUAAUGACUCGGGAAAUUAUGUUUGCACGGCCAAGAACGUAUUGGGUGAGGUGCAAAAGCAGGUGAAGCUCUUUGUGGAAGGUAAGCAUAUUUUAAUGAAUAGAGUUUGUUACAGUCUGCAAUUGUGAGCCUGAUGAUGCGCAUUGCAAUACUGAGGAGUCACGGUAACUUUAUGCAUUAUAAUAAGUUCGAUAAUAGUGGUAAUGAUAGUGAUAAUAGAUUUUACAAUAACAAUAAUGUUUAUGAUAAUGGUUAUGAUAAAUGAUGAUGAUAAUUAUUUUAAAAAUAAUAUUAACAAUAACGAUAAUAAUAACGACACUAAAGAUCAAAAUACUUUAGGUCUAUAUUUAUUUAUGGUCCAUAUUCUGCAUUUUUUUUUCUCUUAUCGUUACUGCAAUUAUGAUUUUGUUUCUUUUGUCUUCAGCGUUUGAUUUUACCACCGAGGUCCCCUAGAACACUUCCUAAGGAAUAAACUAUUUGACCUGAACUUUAUCUUUGGAUUUCAGUUCAAAAUUUGGAAUGCUCACUAAAUCACGCAGUUCGAUCCUCAAUUCUUUUACUUGUCUUUUUUUCCUAUUCUUUAGAAAGUGAGCCAAGAUUUUUAAGAAUUUCUAAGUGAACUUAGAUAAAAACGUGUUUUUUCUUUGCUUUCCUCAGUUCCUCCACGAUUCACAAAAACUCCAAACAGAGUCAUUAAAAUCAACAGAGGCGAAAAAGCAUCUGCUUCUUGCCAAGCGUUUGGAUUUCCUUCGCCAAAAAUAAUUUGGUCAAGAGGACUUGUCCCGUUACCACAAGGUAGAACAAGUGUCAGCAAUGGAACUCUAGACAUAUCACACUUUGAUCUUAAAGAUUCUGGUACGUACCAAUGUACCGCGUCCAACAAGCUGGGAUCUGUCAGUGCUUUAACAACCUUAUAUUAUAUACACAUAGGUAUGUCUGAAAACGAUACCCUUCUUUUUUUUCCGAAAAAAAGGUAAGGAUGUUGAUUGUUAUAGAUGAAUGAAAUCGGUGUACUCAAACUCAACCAAAAUUACCAAGUAAUCCCCUUGACUUGAAAAAGGGAAUUUUUCAAUAAAACUAAUCUCUCUUUUUGCAACUAAAAAACUGUUGCAAAGUCUAACACUGCAUUCGAUUUCAAAUUUAAAACUUCAAAAAGGUUUUUUUUUUGUUUCUCCUAGUGAGAGGAAGGAGUAUGUUUAGGACUAUUAACGUCAUUUUCAUUAACGGUAAAUUGACAUAACAAAUAUUUCUCAGUUACCAACACGACGAAGAAUCGAUCAAUUUUUAAAAAAGAUACUAUCUUUUUGUGUUAACUAAAAAGAUUUUAAGGCCGUCUUUACCAACCUUGGUGCGAGUGGAAGAUUUGGUCCAACAUCGCCUGGUAGUCACUACGCUAAUCAGGAUCAUGACGGACAAGUUACACUGUCCAGCGGUAUUCAACAGUGGACUGUGCCGUACACUGGUGACUACAGAAUAGAAGCAAUAGGAGCAGCAGGAGGUUAUGAUACAGUCCCUAACAGUGCUCAGUACCGAGGAAGAGGAGCAAGAAUGAUUGGAACAUUCCGCUUAAAAAAGGGUGAAGUUAUUCGAAUACUUGUCGGUCAAGAAGGAGCAAUAAACAAGGCGACUCGUUCCUCUGGAGGUGGUGGAGGAACAUUUGUAGUUAGAGGAGCCAACACACCUUUGAUUAUAGCCGGGGGCGGAGGAGGCACAGAAUCUGCACGUUCAAGGCAUUCAGGAUGUGAUGCUAAUAUUGUUUCAUCGGGAAAUCCUGGGUUCAGGUCAUGGUCAGGGGGGAGCAAUGGACAUGGUGCACAGACUGCUGAUGCUAGUAAUUCUGGUUAGUGGAACUGAACCAAAAUAUUUAUGUGUAUCAUCCGCAUGUCAGUCAAUUAUUGCCAGAAAAAAGCGGAAAGUAAAAAUUAUUAAAGUUAUGAUAAGUCAUUUUAAUGGCGAACUACAUGAUAUGAAGGCUAGGGAUUUAUAAUUGUUAAAUGUUAAAUUAUUUUGUUUUUGUUUGGUUUUUGUUUCUUUUGUCUGGUGGUUGUUUCCUUUUUUUUUCAUUUUUUAAGCAAAGCUUAAAAACUUUAAUGCUACCGAAGGGAACCUGAGAACAGAUUGUUUAUUUGAUAUUCUCGCAUUUGUCAUAUCACCUAAUCAUAGUCGCUAGAAAUCUAAUUGAAGAUGAGUUUUAUCGUCAUGUAUUUUACGUUGCAGUUUUGUAUUUCAAUUUUGGCCCGUAGGCAUUGCUAUAUUUUAAAUUCUUUCUUCAUUUUUUCAAAGUGCAAACCAAUUAAUGAAGUUUUUCAUAUAGAUUUUUCAUGAACAUUAACUCAUUUGUUCCGGCAUUAUUGUGAUAUCGACCUGCAUUCAAUGACUCGGUCUCUCUGAGCAACCAUCAUCGAUCUCCGCUAAUCUCUGACAAACGAAAGUAACUUCUAGUCUAAUCAGUCAAAGAAUGAACGAUAAUACUAAGUUCUGAACCCAAAUGUACAGAUUUAGAAGCAACUGCAUAUAAUUACCAUUCUUGUUAUUGUUAACACCGACAGGUGGCGGUGGCGGAGGUUUCUACUCCAGUGGCAGAAGUUCAAAGCAGUUUGGCGGUACCAUGGGAAGAGGUGGAGAAGGAGGAAAAGGAUUUCUCCAAGGAGGGGUGGGGGGUGGAGCCAAGCUUAACAAUGCUGUUGGUGGAUUUGGUGGAGGUGGUGGUGCUUACGGAAAUGGAGGGGGUGCAGGAGGAGGAGGAGGAUACUCUGGAGGAAGCAGUGGAGAUAACGAGUCUGAUUCAUGUGGAGGCGGUGGAGGGUCUUAUAAUGCUGGUAAAGAUCAACAAAACGAAUGUUGCUAUCAAUCAUCUGGCCAUGGUCAGGUGAUCAUAACCUUAUUGUAA